AUGUGAACUUAGAUGACAUAAACAAAAUGUUCCGUGUUUUUUGUUUUGAAGAAAUCACGAAAAACCUUGAUCUAGAAAAAUUGACAGAUGAUUAUUUGUUGCUUGGAGUUAGAGAUGGCAAAACAAUUUGCAUCACUGACGUAAUUAACGGUUCUUUUGAUGAUGUUAACGAGUUAUUAGAUGAACAUCAUCAUCAUCAUCAUCCAUUAUCAUCGCAAAAUCGGACAAACGAAAACGAACCAACAACAUCAUCACCAUCAUCAUGUAGGUUAGAAAUUGUGGGGGUGGUGGUUGCACGUGAUGAAGAACAAAAAAAUGUCGUUGGGACUCUCGUGCUUAAAAAACAGAAUAGAAAACUAAAAAUUGCUCCUUUCAUCACAAUGACUGUUAACAAAAAUGAAGAAAAUAAUAAUAACCAUUUUACAAUACGACUAUACUGUGAUGAUGAUGAUCAUGACAAACUUUCAACGAGUUCAGCUGUCACUAACAUUAGUGCUUUGGUGUUUUAUGAUAGAAAUGAGUUUGCCUGUUCAUGUUUGAUUGAUAGCCGGGUGAUGUCGGAACCAGAUAGCUGCAUCUCCAUCAUUCAUCAUGCACUUGUGCUGAGUCAACAUGCCGUGAAAUAUUUAAAUAAGAAGUUAUCAUCAUCACACAUUAUGGAGGAUGAUUGUGAAAUGAAAUUCAGAGAAUUUGGAUUUGUUGCCAACUUUUCUUACAUCAUCUUCCUUUAUGUGAUCUCAUUCACCGACUUCUUUAUUCCUUCAAUUAGUUUUCCAAGCAUUCCAGUCAUCAGCCUGCCAUCCAUUGUGAAGCACGUUCUACAGAAAUAUAGCGAGGUCCACAAUCUUGUCACAUCUGUCAAUCAUCAUCCAACAAGGUUCAACCAGUUGAGGUUUAAAAACUUCCUGUGUCUCACAUUGAUUGACACUUUUGUGGGCGUGGUCAUCAUGAACCUCUUCCUGCAGCCUGACCAGUUGGAUGAGCUGGCAUCGAUUCUCUUAUCGGCUGCGGAGUGGAUAGGUGACAGACUGGAACAGCUGAUCUUCUGGCUGCAGAACAAUCCAGCUGGCCUCAAGUUGAAUGGACCCCUCACCAAUUUCCUAUCUCAUUUCUUCCUCUAUCACGUCUUCCUCUGGAAGGCCUACCUGGCCCUGCUCAUCCCCGUCCUCUCCUCCAUCUUGCGGGCAUGCGUCCUCAGUGGCAUCUUCGGGCUCACCAUGCAGUGCUGCAUCAUGAGGGACCUCCUCUCCAUCAUGACCCUCCACGUCUACUGCUUCUAUGUCUAUGCUGCCAAAUUGUACAGUCUGCAGUUGGUAGCCCUGAAGCCACUGUGCAGGUUGUUCAUGGGCAAGAAGUUCAACAGGUUGAAGUUGAGGGUGGACAGUGUGGAGCACGUGAUGGACGCCAUGUUUGUCGGCACCCUCAUUUUCACCAUUCUCUUUUUCAUCCUGCCUACCACUCUCGUAUUCUACAUUGUCUUUCUUGCGCUCCGGCUGACGACUCUGAUGUUGCAUGUGCUGAUGAGUUCGUGCAUCGUCCUCCUCAACAAUGUUCACAUCUACUGGCUCUACGUCAGGUGUUUCACUGGAUGCAAGUUGAAAUGCUUAACUAAAGUUCAGGUGCGUUCUUACAAACCUCUAUGCUUCAAACUGAACUUGCAGCCACUCAACCUCUUGGAGCUCAUCAAACUUUCCUCAUCAUUCUCCUCCUCCCCAACUUCAUCCCCAUCACCAGCACCGUCACAAUCUUCAUUUCCUCCAUCAUCUGCCUCAGCUUCUUCAUCAUCUUCAAUGUCAUCUUCAAUGUCAUCUUCAGUGAAAAGUUUCGUGAAAAAAUGUCUGACCGGUGAUCUUAUCUAUCCUUGGAUUGAUAAGCAGAAUAAAUUAAUGGAAAAUUAUUGACGUUCUUGUGUCUCUCUACAUAUUUCUUCUUUUGUCAGUUUGACGUUUGGAAUUUGGUCACGCAAACCACUUUCUCAUUAGGUCAUCCAGAGAUAUAUAAUAUAAUAAUACCACAAUCAUCCAUGCACAAUAAACUGGUAACGAAUUUAUUUUUGUUAUUCUUCGUUUCGUCAUCCUCACAUCUACAUGACGUCAUUUCAAUUUCGCGUGACGUCACAUUCAGUAAUGUUUAUAAACUCCCCACGUACAUACUGAUACACAAUACUGAUUAUAUUUUUUAAUAUUUUAAUAAAGUGCCUUUCAAAUGAUUGAUGAAAAUAAAAAAUUUAACAUACUGAA